UAAUUGUUAUUCGUAUAUGUACAGAACAUGGUCUAUAAAUUAGCAUUAUAAUUGGUAUUCAUUCCACAACACACCUCUCUCUCCAAUGGCACAACAAUUAUCGGUUAUCAACCCUUCUUACUGUGUUCCUGACUCUCUCGAUCUACAAAUUAAUACAAAAAAAGGUGCCGCUUACAACAAAAACGGCGACCUUGUCUUUAAGGUAAUAAAAGAGACUUGGUUAACACUUCACCACCGUCGUGUCUUGUAUGAUGAUAAAGGAAACCCCAUCGUCACUCUAUACAAAAGGAAUAAGACAUUGCACGGGCGGUGCCAAGUUUUCAGGGGUAAAAGCAAUGAUCUCUCUCAAUUGCUCUUUUCAGCGAAGAAGUCGUCAAUGAUCCAAAGUGAUAAUAUUAUUAGAUUAGAUGUCUACCUCGCAAACAACCAAGAUGAAAGCAUGUGUGACUUUAGAGUCAUCAUUUCUGGAAAUAAAAGCACGUGCACCUUUUAUUUCCGUGAAUCUCCAACAAUUGUUGCCAAGGUAGUUAACAAUGGUGACUUCAGAGUUUGCAUCAGUCCCAACGUGGACCACGCAUUCAUAGUGGCACUAACUAUAAUUGUUAGCAAAAUGGGAAAUUUUAAAAAGCUUAUGAGUAAGUUGACGAAUACUGCAAAUGUGGCGAUGGGAGGUAUCGCAACUGCCGGGGCAAUAGCUUCAGUGUAUGAAGCACUAAACACAGAAGGAGAAAACAUGGAAGAAGAAAACUUGGAAGAAGGAAACUUAGAAGGAGAAAACUUGGAAGAAGAAGAGUUAGAUCCAGAUCUAUAAGUGGUUUUUGCUAAGUGAAUAAGUAUUGGGAAAAACCCAAGUCCCACAUCGACUAGAGAUUAGGCAAUUGAAUAGUAUAUAAGUGGAAAGCAACCCUUACCUUAAAAGCCGGUUUCGCCAAUCCUAGAUCAUUAAAAAGGGCC